AUGUCUGCCUCUCCCGAGAAUAACACCCCGGAGUCGUCGCAUACAGCCUCGCCCGAGAUCAGCCCACACUCCAAACCCUCCAAAGCCGUUAUGCCGCGCAGCCUGACCGCAGCAAGGGCUGGCCUUGACAGAGCUCGACGUGUCUCGGCGGAGAUCCGGGGAUUAUACCACGCUUUCAAGGCCAGGGUCGAGCCAGAGAUUGCGCCAGACCAAGAGCAGCCGGAAAUCCAACGCAGUGACGGCAUUAAGUUGGCAUCACUUGGGAUAGAGUUGGCUUUGAAGGAGCAGGAAGAAAUUGCGCUUGAGAAAUGCGUUGUGGAGCACGAGAAAGAAGCUGGCAUUCUGCCUUACAAGCAGGCCGUGAAACGUCGCCAAGAGCUAAACGAACGACAUAUCUCUGCCGGAAUGGGGUUAUGGGGCCAUCACAGGAAGAGGAUGCGAUUCGGAGAUCCUGUAGCAGUUCGGCUAAUGGAUCUGUCGGGCGAAGGCUUUUAUGGAGCCAUUCUGGCUCUUUACAGGAAAUGUGACGGACAGGGCGCUCCCAAGGACAAGAAGAAACGCGAGCGGGAUUGGCGCAGCGGCGCUAUAGACUACUACAACGCCAAUUACAAGAACCACAAAGGAUCUCCCAAGAAGGCUGUUUGGUGUCAUAUAGCCGGACAGUGGAUGGCGGAAGCUAAAGCUGCACACAUUGUGCCCUUUUUUAUGGAUGUUGCCGACCUUGGUCCUCUGAUAUUUGGCGAUCGAGCACCAUCACUUCAACAAGCGGGGAAUGCGCUUCUUUUAUCGAACAAGAUUAAGGGAUGGUUUAACAAGUAUCUCCUUGUAGUUGUCCCAGUUGAUGCAAGAGAAUUUCCUAUUACAAGAUGGAAGACAGAUAUUAUCUCUGAUAAUAUUCGUGGUUGUGCAUAUGGUGCGGAUUGUCUAGUCGAUGACCUUGAUGGAAAGGAGCUUAAGUUCCUUAAUAACAAUCGUCCUGUUUCACGCUUCCUCUAUUUUCACUUCAUCAUGGCGCUCGUUCGCAUUAGAGACCUUGACCGUCGCGGAUGGCAAGAUGUCUGGGCCCGUUACUAUACUCAACAACCUUUUGCAACACCAGGACAAUACAUGUCAAAGAGCAUGUUGCUCGCUAUCGCCACUCAUCAGGGAACGAUCGAUUACCAGGAGGUGCUGGCUUUCUGCGCAGAACAGUCCUUUGAUCCACCUUUGACGCUGGACGAUGAUGAGUCUAGAGAAAUAGCCCGCCGAGUCCACUUGUCAGUAGAACAAGCCGUUAAAGAAGUAGAGGACAGUGACGAGGAGAGCGAAGAAAGCAGUACGCCCUCGGUCAAAUAG